GACACCAAACUCAAUUCCCAGAGUGUAGUCGUCACUUUGGGGGUUAAGGUGCCACUUCCCAAUUCGCUCAAACACUUGAUGCUCAUAGUUGACGAUCAGCUAUGAGUUUCCAAGAUAUCCAAGGUGGGGCCAACCCUCCCACUCGCCGGACCCAAUCCCCAUCUCAGGCCGUUGCUGCCGGAAUCUUCCAGAUCAACACCGCCGUCGCCACUUUCCGGCGACUCGUCGAUGCCGUUGGAACUGUCAAAGACACUCCAGAACACCGACAGAAACUGCACAAUACGAGGCAGAGGAUAUUGCAGCUGGUGAAGGAUACUUCUGCUAAGCUCAAAAUCUUGACUGAUUCUGAUCGUGAUGCUAAUGCCAAUGCUAAUAAGAAAAUUGAAGAUGCUAAGCUUGCAAGAGAUUUCCAAACCACGUUACAAGAAUUUCAGAAAGUACAACAGCUUGCUUCUGAGCGUGAAUCGACUUACACCCCGGCUUCCACUUCUUCUCCUUUACCAACAAGCUCUGGCGCUGGUGAAGAAUCAGUUGAGGUAGACUUGGAAAGCAGACCUUUUAUCGGAGAACAGAAGAGGCAAGAGAUACUUCUGUUGGAUAAUGAAUUAUCCUUCAAUGAGGCUAUGAUUGAUGAAAGAGAUCAGGGUAUCCGAGAGGUAGAAGAGCAAAUUGGACAAGCAAAUGAAAUAUUCAAGGAUCUUGCUGUUCUGGUUCAUGAUCAGGGGACUGUUAUUGAUGACAUUCACUCAAAUAUCGAUGCUUCUGCCGGUGCAACAUCCCAAGCUAAGGUUCAGCUAGCCAAAGCUUCCAAAAGUGUGAAAUCAAAAACUAAAUGGUGUUGGUGGGUGCUUGUAAUAUUUGUGGCAGUGCUGGUCAUCUUACUUCUUGUACUCAUUCUUUAGUGUGCAAACAAGUUGGGCAGAUAUUUCUACCCCUCAUUAUCUCUUUUCCAAGAUUGAUUUAAAUUGAUGUAUUUUUCUCAGAUUCUGUGAGUAUUUUAAAGUGUGAAGAGUGUUCCGACAAAAAAAUGUGUUAAGAGAGUGGUUUUAUUGAUCAUUGCAGUUGGAAGUUGGGAAGAAGUGGCAUUUGGUUAGGCGAUUUUAAGAAAAGCUGCCCUGUAUUUGUAAUAUAGAUUUGCAGUAUAGAAUUUGUAGUUGCUGUUGAAACAUCAACUCUAGCUAUGCAGAAUAUAUUAACAAUUGCUCAAUAACAAGUGCUUGUGUACCUAUUUGAACA